AUGUCCGCAGCAGUGCAAGAUGGCUAUCGCUGGGCGCGUAUUACGCCUGAUGACCACAGUGGGAUCCUAUAUAUUGUCACAUUCCUCGCCUUCACUUAUACCAGCCUUACAUUUUUCACGCGGAUAUUCAUCAGAUGGCGCAUGCUGGGACUGGACGACGCAGCGAUGCUGAUUGCGCAGAUCACCAACGUUAUCCAGUUCUCGCUACUUCUUGCUUCUCUGUCAGCCGGGCUGGCACGAUCGUUUGAGUCCCUUACCGACGAGCGAUACUCAUGGAUGGUCUCUAUAAUACAACCCCAAUCAGCGCAGCAAACUUCUCUAACACAUGGACAGACCUAUUCCCGCGGUCAAGUCUUUAUUCACAUAUCUCUCGGCUUCUCAAAGACUGCCUUGAUAUUGCUGGUAAGACGCCUCUUCAUACGUGACAUGAAGCACGCUUGGGCAGUGUGUAAUGCGGCCACCGUGGUCAUCGUAACGUGGACACUUGUAUCUGCAGUGCUAGUCUCAGCUAGCUGCGCAAGUGAGAGCUUAUCGCCAAGGAAACCCUCUGAUAUCUGCCAUGGCAUCGAAACUCGCUAUUUGGUCGUCGUAAUCACUGACGGAAUAACUGACUUAAUGCUGGCCUUCAUACCCACAUACCUGUGUCGCCGUCUUCAAAUGAACAUUGUGUUCAAGCUGCAGAUACUGGGGGUUUUUGCGCUACGGCUGCCCCUUGUUAUGCUUGCUGCGCUAUUCUACAAGUCUUGGAAAAGCUCGAUACAUGUCGAAAACUCCGGUGUCGAGCGCACAACAGCGUUGAUUUAUCAGCAAUCGCAGCUCUGCUUCUCGCUGAUAGCCGCGACGACACCAUGUCUGAAGUCAUUUAUCCAGAGCUUUGAUACAGGCAGCGGUCAGAAAGCAGGCUUUGGAUACUCUUCCGAUCCUGGCGCUUAUGGGCACAUGUCGAGUGUGCACCACAGUACUGCGCAGUUCGAUCACGGCGAAAGCUACCCGAUGUCCCGGCUUGAUCGUGGUCAAAACAGGGCAUCACGACUGCGAGGAGGCGCCAGCGAAGGCGCAGUCAGGGUCAAUAGGAAGUCAUCCAUCGCGGAACGCAGUUUUGGCACAGAUGAUGGGAUCGGGGAGCUGGAGCGCAGGAGCAAGUACUGA